UUGUGAAGCUGUGAUAUGUUUGUUACAGUCAUUUCCCAGGCUCCUGCUUACCAUCUUAUUUUAGAAGGAAUUCUAAUCCUCUGGAUUAUCAGACUUCUUUUCUCUAAAACUUACAAAUUGCAAGAACGAUCUGAUCUUACAGUCAAGGAAAAAGAAGAAUUGAUUGAAGAGUGGCAACCAGAACCUCUUGUUCCUCCUAUCUCAAAAGACCAUCCUGCUCUCAACUACAACAUUGUUUCAGGCCCUCCAAGCCACAGCAUCGUGGUGAAUGGAAAAGAAUGUAUAAACUUUGCCUCCUUUAAUUUUCUUGGAUUGUUGGAUAACCCUAGAGUCAAGGCAGCAGCUUUGGCAUCUCUAAAGAAGUAUGGUGUGGGGACUUGCGGACCUAGAGGAUUUUACGGCACAUUUGAUGUGCACUUGGAUUUGGAAGACCGCCUUGCAAAAUUUAUGAAGACAGAAGAAGCCAUUAUCUACUCGUAUGGAUUUGCCACCAUAGCCAGUGCUAUUCCUGCUUACUCUAAGAGAGGGGACAUUGUGUUUGUAGAUAGAGCUGCCUGCUUUGCUAUUCAGAAAGGAUUACAGGCAUCGCGUAGUAACAUUAAGUUAUUUGAGCAUAAUGAUAUGGCUGACCUGGAGCGACUGCUAAAAGAACAAGAGAUCGAAGAUCAAAAGAAUCCUCGCAAGGCACGUGUAACUCGACGUUUUAUUGUAGUUGAAGGCUUGUACAUGAAUACUGGCACCAUUUGUCCUCUUCCAGAAUUGGUUCAGUUAAAAUACAAAUACAAAGCCAGGAUCUUUCUGGAGGAAAGCCUUUCGUUUGGAGUGCUGGGGGAGCAUGGCCGAGGAGUCACUGAGCAUUUUGGAAUCAAUAUCGAUGAUAUUGAUCUCAUCAGUGCCAACAUGGAGAAUGCACUUGCUUCCAUUGGGGGCUUCUGCUGUGGCCGGUCUUUUGUAAUCGACCAUCAGCGCCUAUCCGGUCAGGGAUACUGCUUUUCUGCCUCGUUGCCGCCCUUGUUAGCUGCUGCUGCCAUUGAGGCCCUCAACAUUAUGGAAGAGAAUCCAGGUAUUUUUGCAGUGUUGAAGGAAAAGUGCAAACGAAUUCAUAAAGCUUUACAAGGCAUUUCUGGGCUGAAAGUGGUGGGGGAGGCCCUGUCCCCAGCCUUCCACCUGCAGCUGGAAGCCAGCACUGGGUCCCGUGAGCAGGACGCCAAGCUGCUGCAGGAGAUCGUCCGGCAGAAAUGCCCAGGGGCCCUGCGGCUCCGGAGCCUGCAUGCCUUGCACUUCCAUCGGGAGCACACACGGGAGUGAGACGGGCUGCACGCUAUUCUCCACCUGCUCUCUCCGCAUCCCUCCGCCCGGCAUCAGCGAGUGUGAUGGCUGCCGGCUGCCGGCUGCCAGCUGCCGUGUGGCUGCUCAGGAUGGGCGCAGUGUGCGGCCACCUCUGGCUCACAGCUUGCCUCAGAUGUCCUGCGUCCUGCGGUGUGUGUACCACAUCACCUGGAACCACAGGUUCCUGGACAGCUUCCUGCAAUCUGGCCAUCUGGGGUCAGUCCUCUUAAAAAACGGUCUCACCAGACGCAGAACGUGAGAUCCCUGAUGAAGCUGGAGUGCUCUCACCUGCCGAGGGAGGCAGUGUCACAGCUGUCCCCUCCGGUCAGACAGCUCCACAGACGUGAAAAAGACAGGCUCUCAAGGGACCAGCGUCCUGUCAGCCAGUGCCUGCCUCGGUGUUGUUAUAAGUGUACAGACAGGAGGAGUGACAGCACCCGUGAUACCAAAGCAGGUUCUAGCUUAAACACCAGCCGAAGGGACAAGCCAGGCGGUCAGUGCGAUCACAGGGCCUUCCUGUGCGGUGAGUUAGCUUCCCAGGCAGGAGUGGCCGCUGCAGAAUGGGCCUGGAACCGCGUUGGGGUUCAUGGCGCCGUUCUCUGCACGUGUGUGUGCGGGACAUGGGCCUUCCCUCGGGCCGGGACCAGAGCCCCACUCCGGCUGUGUAUCUCGCUGUCCCUGCAGAGACAAGACGGGAGGGAGGGCGGCGAGAUCGCCCUCUAGCAGAGAGCCUGGCGGGCUGUCUUCCAGCCACGGUGGGCGAGCAAGGGAGCAGGGAGGGCUCUGGGGACGGCACUGUCUGCCACGCGCAUGUGGGAGGCGGGCAGAGCUCUCACGUGGGUGCCUCGCCACAGGUUCCACCUCAGGGCCGGUGGUCCCGCCCUCCUCCCUCUUCCCAGUGCCUGAAGGACAGGAGACCGGAGCUGUGAGCCUUAAGCUUUGUAGAACUAACAGGGUUUGUCGAGUUGGUCUGUACACACUGAGGUGGGUUGGAUGCUUCUUACUAGCCAGGCUGGGGGCAGCCGGGCAGGUGUCCACUUCUGGACGCAGAUCAGCCCGUGCCAUUGCCGGGUGCCCGUCCUUGCCCCUCAGAAACCCUGCCCUGCCACUUAGAGAAUGCCCCUCCUGCGGCUGCCUGGCCGCCACGCACAGGUCACUCCUUGUGCCGCCACGUGCGCUUUUUUACACGUCUGACUCGACUCCAAACGCUUUCGUCACCCCAAAGGAGAAACCACGGUAACGCGCUCCCUUCCUCUGAUUCGUUAUGCCAUCGUUUUGAUAGAUUGUGUUUCCAGUUCCAAAGUGUCAGCAGGUGACGCCGGCCUGGAGAGCGGCCUCAGACGUGUGCAGCCGCCUGGCGGGCCGGGCGCUGGCCAGGGGGAGCAGGCGGUCAGAGAGAGUCGAGCUCCGAGCCCUUUCUAGACGCUCUGCUGGCACCAGGCCCAGUCCAUCCUGCGGGCUUUGCUGGCAUGUGCCCCUGUCCCAACUCUGCUUUGUCUGAAAUGACUACCAGCUACUGUGGCCGUUUACAUGUCAAUGAAGUCGACCUAACGCUCCGUCUCUGGUGGCUCCAGCCAUAUCUUUAAGUCCUGCUGGCCACGCGGGCUCCCGCCGUGGUGGGUGGUGGAGGGCUCCGCGUACGGUGCUGCCCUCACUGGUCUCCAGCCGUUGGCAUCGGACCGGGCGCUAGACCUGCCACAGGGGUGCCCCUUGCGCCUGCUGUGGCUGACUGCCC